GCCGCCGCCGCCGCCGCCCCGCCCCACUGUCGACAACCUCACACUCAACGCUCAACCUCACGCCGCUGCUCCCACCUCCUCUCAAUCUCGUCGCUCAGUGACGGUGGUCAUUUGCACCGGCGCUCGCGUUAUACAUUUACCUCACUCCCUCCCUCCGCGGUACCUGAUAUUCAAGUUUUCUGCUUCAAUUUUGUAUUUUAAAUUCAUACUCUCCUCCCGGUGGUUUGAAGCUUGCUCCUUGAGGAUUGUUGAUCAAGCCUUUGAUGGAGUCAUUUUUAGACUUGAACGAAAUAUGCGAGCAACAAAGUUCGUCAUAUGCACUCAAAUUGGUGCCUUGGUUGAACUGGGAUGAAUGGGUUUUGGUUAAAGAUUCUCUUUUCUCAGACUCCCCAGAUUCCAUUGCUUUUGCUCUAAAAAGAAUAUCGGCAUGGGAGAGUCGAGGAUGUUUGCCAGCUGCUAUUGAGGCCACUGCUUCCAUCAUUGAAAUUCGACAAAUUGAUCCCUAUUGUAGGAACGUCAAAAAUGAUACAUCUUUGAUGAACCUUGGUUUUUGUAGAGUGGAAGAGGAUCGGUGUAGAGAUACUUCUCUUUCAGAGAAAAUGCUUGCUCAUUUGUAUUGCAUGGCAAUCAUUAGGCUUGUCAAUGGUGUUAUUGAAAAGACACGUAAGAAAGAAGAGAAGUCAAUAGCUGUUGCUGCUGAGGCAAUUGGUAUUCCACGGUUGCUGAUUGAUAUUCGUCAUGAGGGAUCACAUCGUGGACUUCCAGCACUUCAACUUCUUCGCAGUGCCUCAGUUAAGGCACUUGAUUGGUUGAAGUCUUAUUAUUGGGAAUCUCAGAGCAAGGCAAUUCCUUUUGAACGUGAUGGAAAUGCAAAGGUUAGAAAGAAAAUCAAAUCCAAGCUUCGAGAACUGUCUUUCUGCUUGAAAAGCAACCAGAGUUCCCAGUCUAAUAGUCCAAUACUCGAGGGAAAACGUUCUAAGAAACAAGUUUCUAAGAUAUCGAAAUCUCUUGUUCAGUUAUAUUCUUCCUACUCCUCAGAGAUUGUAGGUGUGUUGUUGGAGUAUUUGUUGGAAGCCUUGAGUUCUUCAGAAUUAGUAGAGCAUACGGAGCAAGUUUCAUGUCCAACCAUAAAUAUUAUUUUGCCUGAUUGGAAGGUUGUCAUACUCAGAUUUUGUGAUAAGGAGCCAGAGUUACUACUGAACCUUUUUAAGGAAGUACUCAUUAUGAUUGAGACCCAGGAAGCAAUGAAAUAUGAAGAAGAAAUGAAAUGUCUAGGGACUUCACGUAGGGAAAGAUUUUGCCAGAUUGAUCGUCUUGCAUCUUUGUUUGCAUGGCUUGCUGGGAUUCUAUAUGAAGUACUAUCUGCUAAAGCAAAUGUACCAAAAAAUGUUUUGCUUGAACUUGUACGAAAAUGUCUUCGAAUAUCAGCUCCAAGCAAUAAGCAGCUAGUGGAUUCAGCCCUUCUCCUUGCAAAAUUGAUGGAUGAUAGCUCUUUAAUGGAGAAAGUUAAAAGGCUCUCUCAUGUCAUUCUGUCCAAUUCAGUCAAAAGCAGUGAUGAAAGCUCUUUGCCCAUUUCUUCAGUGAAUUUCCUUCAGAUGGAGGAAUACAUAAGCCGAGCUGCUAGAAAGCUUGAGUUGUUCAAACAACGAGUGACAAAGAGUAAAACAACAUCAUUGACGGAUUGCGACACCAACGGGCCUCGGACAUGGACUUUGGCAAAAGAAUGGAACCCAUGCCCGAUUGGCAUGUUGCCCCGCACUGCAGGGUCAUCUGGCUAUCUUCCUUCGCUUGAUCAUAUUGAUGAUAGAAAAGAGAUUCAUGAAUUGGAUAGGAAGGAGACUCAGAAUCAGAAACCAAGCAAACAUGGUGUCAAGAGAGAUGCCACUUUGGACCUUACACUGCUUGAUGAUUCAACUGUUAAGAAGAAGAAAGAGACAGGACAAGUUUCUAAAUUAACAAUGGAAGCUAAGGGAUGCCUACUGAUAGAUGGGAUUAUGAAGAAUGUUACAGAACAAGAGUUUCGAGCCAUUAAAUCUUCCGUGAGGAUUUUAAUUUAACUAAUGCUGUGUUCUUGUCUAGAUUGUAGCAAGAUAUUAUCCAAUUUUGUUCUAGCAUAGGAUGCCUAUUGAACUAUUUACAAUUCAUUAGCAAAACAAUGGUGAGGUAUGUAAAAUUCCACUGAAAACAGUCGAUUAAUUUUGACCAAUACGUUCUUGACACCACAUCGCAGCUAGUUGAAGAAAUGACAGGUUUUUUUGUAUUUGUAA